UGGCUGCAAAAUGUAUCCGUUGCCCCUCUUCCUCCUCGGCCUCCGAUCUCCGAGAUUUGAAACCGCCUGAACCGCCGCCGCUCCGCCCUACCGUACCGCCAUGCCCUCCGCAGCUACCGCCAUGGACAGGCCGUCAUCCCGUCCAUCCUGCUCCACCUCCAAGCCCCGGAAGACCUCCCCGUCCCCUUCCCCAUCACCGGUGACGGCGCCUAAGCCCAAGACCGUUGGUUCUAGCCGCCGCCGUAGCCCGCUAUCCGACAUCAACUCAAGGGACGCCUUGGCCGCGCGCGAGCGCCUUGGGUGCUUCCGCUUUUUCCUCCCCUCCGCCUCCGCCUCCGGGUCCAGGGCCAGGUCCGCGUCCACCCCGCGGACCCCGAAGCGCCCCGACUCCAAGCCCCGGCCCGGGACCAGGAGGCCGAACCAGCUCCCGGAUAAGGAAUCGAGGACUAGGGGGCAGAAAUGUCCCGGGAAAGAGCCGACAAUAUGUGGUCGGGAGCCGAUCGGUGCGCGUAUCAACAAGAUCGGGCCGGCCGCCGGCAACAAGCAGUGGCUGGCGAAGGACGAGCAGCUGGAUCAGUUCCAGGCCUUGACGCCGGAGAAGAAAGCGGAUUCCGAGGCCACGCCGUCUACCGGCGCGACGCCGCCUGUCCACGCGUCGAUCUCGCCCGAGGUGGCCGCGGCGUGCGGGUCCGCGACGCCCGCGUGCUUCGCGGCCGGCCACCACGUUGUCCCCGGCGUCGGGGACCGCCGCAAGUGCCGGCCUCGGGGAAUCCUGGCGAUCGCGGGGGAGGGGUUGACUAGCCAGGACCUCGACGAGGAGCCGUCUCGCGCGUCCAUCCACUGGCUGUCCUCGCCGUCGGGGGCGGUGGCCUGGACGUCCUCGACGAAAUGUGGCAACGAGGAGGCGUCGGUGAACUGGCUGGUGUCCCCGCGCGACGAAGGCGGGGUGGACCUGCUCGAAGAUGAGAUCUUCGUGCCCAGAUGCUCCUCGGAGGACGCGUUCUGGCGCUUCUCUCCGGACUGCACUGGGCUGUUAGGCUCGCCGCUGCUCAGCGGUCUGCUGGAUUCCGGCACUCCGUCGUCGGAAAUGUCUGGGGCAACGCCGUCGUCAGGGUUUCUCCCAGUGCAGAAGACUCCAAGCAGUGGCGAUAGCAUCAGUCCUUUCUCUCUUAUUGUCAAGCGAGCAUCGGAGUCCUCUGCCAGAUUUCGGACUUUGUGUGCCCAGCAGGGACUGGGCAGCAGCUACCGGUACGAUUCGGUGGCGGAUCCGACACCAAUUUCUGGUGAGUCAUGGCCUGAAAGUGUUAGCAAUUGUACACGGUCAGGGUUGACAAGGACAGGCAGUCGUCCCCUGAAGAUGAUGGAUCCAGUGAUGGAAUGUCUUGAGAUGAUGAGUUUGUCUCCAAGGCCUGGGGACGAUGACUAUGAUGGAAAUGGCACACUGCCUGCACCAUUGCCUCAGCAUAGCUUCCAGUUUGCAGGGGAUCCGACGCCUCUGGAAUCCAUAGACUUGACCUCUUUUAAGAGGUCUCCUCGUGACAUAGAAUUGAAGGCAAAGGACACAAGUUUCCGGAAAUCAGUCAUGGAAGACACUCGGAUCUCUUGGCGGGAGGGGCUUGUCAGCAGAAUGUUUGAUAUGGGUGACUUGGAUUGCUGCAAAUGGCUGUCUGACGAUGAAGAUUCACCAGUGUUUUUGCACACUGACAAGGCUUUGGCUGAUGGUACCAAUUUUGAGCCAUGUAAUGGUUGUUGCCUGCAUGAGGGUGGCGACCGACAGGAAGCAUGCGGCUUUGGCUCUGUUGAGCUCAGUUGCAUUGGUGAUGAACUGAACAAUGAUAGCAUCAAGGCCUCUCCAAAUCCUGUUACAGUUGCAGAGUCCAUGAAUGCAGAAGGAUUCGAGCUUGUCACAUCGGAUGACUCUGAUUGGACUCUCUUCUACAAGAAUUACUUGUUUGAAUCAUGAGAUAUCUGAACUGCAGCUGGUUUCUUUGCUCAGAUGUUUUGUACUAAUUGUACCACUAGAACCAUUGCAAACACACAUUUGUGUUUGCUGCAUCCUUGUACUUUUUUGUCAACAUUUGAAGUUUCCUUUUACAUUCUUUGGUAACUCAUGUAAAUUAUGUUAGUACAUAAAUUUGUUUCUGGAAUAACCACUUGUGGUCCCUUUUAAUCUAUUGGAAAUAAUUCAGGGAGUAUUUUAC